AUGAAGAGCUUCGUCUCCCUCCUCGCCCUGGCCACCGCCGCCCAGGCUGUCACCUUUUACACCCUCGACCUGCGUACACCAGGCGACGUCAACCUUACUCAAUUCGAGGGCACCAUCAAGGUUCCAGAGUACCCUCCCGGCUACCCAUGCGAUGGCUGCACCUACUACCUCUGGCCCGGUCUCCAGGGCUCGAGCGUGCCCGGUGUCUACCAGAACGUGAUGAGCCCCGAGAGCUCCGGCGGCACAUGGUCGGUCGACAGCGGGUACUGCUGCGAAAGUGGACAGCCUUUCGACGGCGGACUCAGCGGUCUGGAGCCCGGCAGCGAGUACUACUUCAACAACCUCCGCGGGAAUGACGGCACCUGGACCACCCAAUUUGCAGUCUCCGGCAAGCCCGUGUCGCAGACGGACACUUUCAACUACUCCGCAUUCCCCUUCAACCUUGCGGUCUUUGCGAUUGAGCUGUACGGCGCCAGCUGGAACUUUGGCGAGUUUGCCUUUUACGACGUCACGAUUGCCUGGCUCGGCGACGACACCAGCGCUUGCAACAACAACCUUGCAGAGUACAACGGCGGCGACUUUGCUUAUGCUGUCGACGGCGCCUCCGCCACGGUCCGUGAUGGACAGGUCUUUUGUUACUUUUCUCAAGUCCUCUUUGAAGCGCCGCCGCCGUCGUCGUAG